AUGAAGCCACCGACUAUUGACAUGUCAUCAGCUGCUAAUAACAACCCGAUCAGAUCGACAGCGGCAGCUUCCUCAUCGACGAUAGCAAUAUCAAAUUCAAUUGUAAAUAGUAAUGCUAACGUAUGCAGUGGCAUAAGUGGAACCGGCUCCUUUUCAGGAGGAGCGACAAGCAGUAGUGGAAGCAGUACAACCACUCCAACACAUACGGCCAAUGGUGGAGGGACAACAGGCGGGAACAAUAGCACCAGCAGCGCCGGGAACAGUCCGAGUUGCUUCAUAAAACCGUCGCUUUCGUUGAAUUCACUUCCACCACAAGUACCCCCGGAAGGUUCGGAUAUGGCCCAACAUAGGCUUCGUAUCGAUAGGCCUUAUAAUAGUUUAAAGAAAAAGCGCGACACUGAGCGCGAGUUGUGGCGAAGAUCGUGGGGUAGUGGCCAUAGCCAUAGUUCAUGUAGUUUACAAAGUAGCACCACGAAUACCGGGCUUGGAAAGGACGAUUUCUGGGCAGCCUUGCAGCCUAAUUACAACUAUAUCAUGGAUACUAAUCUGCUCGACAGUUGUCGGGAGGCACGAGGCGAGAUAGAAGGGCCCGUUCAUAGAGACGACCUGGAGGAUGAUGUGAACUGUUGCCGGAAGGCACUGUUGAAACCAGCACAGACGCAUCGCUUCUAUGGCGAUCCACGUUUGCUGAGGCAGUGGAUCAAAGAUAUGGAGAACCGAGUGGUCAGAGUACCGUCGGUGACAGAAACCAAGAGACUGAGCAUCGAGCAGCUGCAGAAGCUGGCAGCAGAACACGAGGAAUUAUAUCGUGAAAUAAAAUCGAACUCUCGGGCAGUAGCAGCUUGCAUCCGGAGCUGCGAACGUGACCGAAAGUGUGCCUCAUCUGCAUCCGGCAAGGGAUCCCUGACCCCGGAAAUUGAAGUAUCGCUCGGAAGUAGCAGCAGCACCAGUGGCCAUAGUAGAAGUGUAGUCCCAACCGACGGCAAGGGCAAAGAGAACGGUAGCAGUGGCGUGAAAGGAUUAGAGCGGCGCUACUAUUUGCUAUACUUGAAAGCAUUUGAGAUACAGUGCCUGUUAGAAGGAUUAUUGGAAAGCAAGUCCUCGAGCUCAGAUAAUAACGCCAGCUUAUCCGACACGGAUGAGGAGCCUGCUAACAAGUUAGCACGCGUUAGCAGUCCAAGCGUCAAGUCGCAGAGUCCCAUUCACAACGAACCAUUGAGUAAUGAAGAAUGGGUUAAGGUGAAGAAGCUGUCUAACGCUGGUUUCGAUGCCGAUUCUGAAGGCAGCGAUAGUGAAAUUGUGCCGAACAUUAUUGCCUACAGUGGAACAGGCAACACCUACAACAGUGGCAGCAGCAGUCAAAAACAAGAGAAGCAAUAUUCCCCGGUAGCGGGCAGUAGCAUUAGUAGUACAUUAGCAACCGCAUCAUCGCCGAGCCUGGGUAUGAUGGAAACUGACAUUAACAACCUCUCCACGACUACGACUAUUUCGGAAGCCACGACCCUGACCGCGACGAGCCCACUAGCAGCCGAAGCCGCCAUAGCUGCGGCCGUGCUCAAGGAGAACAUUCUCAACAACAAUAAAAGUUGCAUUGAGAGUGACAAAUCGAUUUCCGGUUGCGAUCUGGUUGAUGGAGGCGCCCUACUCAGCAGCACUCUAGAUACGGCCAACAACAAUGCCAGUCCGAAUGGGCACUCUAUUGUGAAAAAUCCCUCCGAUCGUAGGGCGAGCAAGGCGACAUCUCUCCGGAAUGUGAAAUCGUCAUCUCCGGUGGGAUCGUCCGGCAAGCAGAAACGAUCGAAAGUGAGCGAUUCGUCGAAGUUCAAUCGCUCUAAUCGCAAAUCGAAGAACUGCGCCACCUUCUACUUCAAGCAUCGCGACACGGACUCCGAGCUGAACAAGGACUCCAGCGAGCGCACCAAGUCGGACGAGUCCUCCGCCGCCACAUCCUCGUUGUCCGCUUCGUCCUCCGAAGGAGACGACGAGUGGGUGUAUAAUAAUGGCGAAGAGGACGACGAUGAGCUGCUAGCCGUACGGAAGCGUGCACUGAGCAAGAACUCUGCGCAGGGUGACGUAGCGCGAGAAGCGGGUGAAGAGGAAAAGGAAAACCAACCGGACGCACAGGUGGAAAAUCAUCACAGAGAAGAGCUGGAAACGAGUGCCUUAACGAUGACCGCUAGUCGGGAGCUGAAAUCGAAAAAGUGCCUGGAUUUCUCGCGAGAACCCUUGCAGAAAGGUGGAUCCUCCAAGCCUGGAACACGUGGCGCAGGGCGAUCGCUGAUGAUGACGUCGAUCGGCAGCUUUGGCAAAAGUUCUGACAGUGGCAACAGUGCUAAAGGAGCGAAGCCGCAGUAUGCGACCAGCUCGAUCCAAAGGUUAGUGCUGCAUGCCGAGACGCUGGUGCGUGACGAAAUUUUCGCCAAAAACGCCGCGGCCGCCGCAGCCGCUGCCGGAGGCAGCACGCCGAAAACGGUGGUGAAAAAUCCCCACUACUAUCAUCACCAUCAUCACCACCAUCAUCACAACUACAGUGCGAACAAUAGCAGCAGUAACAAUAGCAACAGCAGUCAUCAGCAACAGCAGACGUCACCGUUACCGUCGUUGCCGGGUGGAGGAGUUGCAGGCGUCGCGCUGCACGAAGCCCAAGUGCGCCACGGUCUCACGGCACACGGACAGCAUCAUCAUCAUCACCAUCAUCAUCACGGUCACGGUCGAAAGGCGGAGAAAGCCAUGAGCAAUCUGAAGAUGAAUCUGAUCGAGGAAUGGCUCGAGAAGCAACCACUUGAUGCUCCCGUGACGGCUCCGAUUCUUCCGACAUCUGCCCCCACAACGGACUGCGAGGCUUCUGGCGAAAACACCGAUUCGGAUUCGAUCGCACGCGACACCGACAGCUCGGAAGGACUUGCCAACUCGGUGGCCACUUGUCUGCAGGGUGAGCAGACACAAACGUCCCAAGAGGUGCUAAACGAUGGUACGUCCUAUCCGUCGGAAAAUUCGAACGAUGUCUCGAACGACGACGAGGGUGUUGCGACGGAUUCGAAAGGCGGAAGCUCAGCAGCAAUAGUGACGUCAGCAAUGGUAACGGCCGCUAGUUCAAGCCCUUCGCUUCCAACGUCGGUAUCGCACGGUGGUGGCACCAGCACCGUUACGACGGUGGUGAAGCGUAGACCACAUCGAUCAGCCGCCGAUCGACCAUGGUCGGUGUCUUGCAUGUCGCAGCUGAACGCGUCCACCGUGGAAAUUAACCAGUACGUUGGUGCCGGAAGUGGGCAGGACAGUGGCAGCGGUGGUAUACCACAUUCCGUGCCGAAGAGAGCCGGCAGUGGUGGCAACGGUGGAGACGGCGAUGACGACAACCGGCCACUGACGGAUCAUCGAAACUUUUCGAUCAGCGAGUCGGCACUGAACACGAUGUCCCGUGCUGGUAGUGGCUCACCGACGGUUGGAUCCCGCAGCAGCAUGAAACCAACCACCAGUCAGCAAACCGUCGUGCGCAACUCCGAAAGCAAAGGUUCGCUUAAGAAGCGCAAGCUCCGUCCGCGUCGUAAGAAUCGUAUCGAUGAAUCAGGCUCGGACGAAUCGCAGCCACCACAGCAUAGCUCCUCGACAUUGCAUUUGCUUCAGCAGUCGCUUCUGCUUCAGUACAACGCGCUCACCGGUGCCAGUGGCCAGCCGUUGAGGGAAAUUCAGCUAUCCGGAACGGGAGGAAGCAACAGUAGCGUGGCCGGUGGUGGUCCAAUUGGCACUAGUGGAAGCCGUCGCCUGUUGAAAUCGGAAUCGUUCUCUGGUCGAUUGCGAUUAUCGGACGAACUGCUCACCUUGUCCUCACUGUCGGGAUCUUCCUCGCGGAAGUCGUCAGCCGUACGACACACGACGCCCCGAUCGACGAGGCGCUCGCAGGAUAGCGAGGAAGAGUUCGGUUGUACGAUGGCGAAGCCUGAAUUUCGGAUCGGUUCACUGACGCGCACCCGAUGCGGCAGUCUUAAUCUAGGAUCAUUAGCAGCCCUUGCUAAUUAUAAUCUAGAUGCUAUGGAAAAGACGGAGACCGAUCUGAAUGGCACCGGCACCGGUACGGAAGAGAUGAGCAGCUUCUCCGAGCAGGCAUGGGACAACUACCAGGAGAAGUACAUGUCGGAGCCGUACUCGGAGGAUCGCGACACGGAUGCGGCACGUCGGCUGCUCGAUUUUGGAGACGAUUAUCGCAAUUUCAUCGAUUCGCAGUCGGAUUGCGCUUCUUCGUCUCUAUCGGCGGCAAAUAUGGACUCUCUUUCACCACCGAGAUUCCGAUUGAAGUCGGAGUCGGCCAACAAAUCCGAUGCCAACACCAAUUCACUCAAUCGACGGAAGCGAUUGGAUGAAUAUCGCAUGGACGAUCGAUAUGGCAACAACAUGAAUUCUUGGUCGAGCAAAUCAGGCAGCCCUCCGCAAUCAUCUACAAACGUUAGUGGACGAAAACAUAGUUCUCUCGCCUUCCUAGAAGCAACCCCGCUAGCCACGAUGGACGAGUCUGGUAUGGCAAACGGUGUGGUCAUGUCCACAGGUGGUGGAGGCGUACGUCGUCGAUCGCUGCGUUCGGUGGACAAGCUCAGCUCAUCUGCAGCCUUUGUUCGUUCGCUGUCGCACGAAACCAGCAGCAGUUCGAACAACGAGUUCGACGAAGACAUGGAAGCCGGUGUGAAGAAGUUGCUGAUCCAGAGCAAGAUUCGUUUCGCCAACACCGAAGCCCUGAAGGCCAAGUGCCAUCUGCUGAAGCCGGACGACUACAACGAAAUUAUUACUACCUGUCGGGAAAAUGUUCGCUGUCUGGAGUCUGUCCUACGCUGCCAACCGGGCACGGUGCUAACUGCUGCGAAGUGCCAAGAUUUACGAGACACGAUCGUCUGCUGGGAAGGAUUGCUCAGCUGGAGUGAGCGUCGGGUCAUCAGCAACCAGUUUCUGACCGACAUACAGGGCCUGAAGGAUGUCCUGGAGGAGCUGGGCAGCAAAACGUUCAACAUUUGCUCGGAGUCACACAUCCAGCUGGCGAUCGAUCAGUUGAAGAACGAGCAUAAAGUGCUGCAGAACCAACGGCCCAAGAUGCUCACGCUGAACGCAACCGUCCACAACUGGGUGUCGAACCAGGAGCUGCAACGCAAACAACUGCUGGACCCGUCCGUCGAUGCUCGACUGGAUCAGCUGGAACGGGAUAAGAACUUUGUCCGAUGCAUUGGUGGUCACUGCGGCGAGUGCUACGAUUGUCUGAACGAUAUUCGUUUGGAUACGUCAGUUAAUCGUGAGCUGAAGUAUGGAAUUACCACCCUCUACAGUACCUGGGAUGAGGCCGAAGCACGAAUAAGAAAUCGCAUCGAAAACCUGACAACUUCCAUGAUGACGUGGAAACAACUGGAGGAUGGGCUGAGCGAUUUUCGUGACAUUCUGGAUCGGGACCGUGGAAAACUUCAAGGCAUUGAAGGAGCCCUCCAGAGUGGCGGCGGGGCAACGGAGGAGAUCGUGAACAGUGUGAAGGAAGUGGUGAAAGCUCUCUCGGAGAAGGUGGAUCCGCUUUUUCAUGAGCAACAGCAACAGGAUGGCACUGGCGAGUCCUUUCAGCAGGAGGAAACAGCCCCGGAAAACCAUCAGCUGUUGGCGGCUGCACUGCCAGCAUGCGUUAAGCUCUCGUCGAACGGUUCUCUGUCUGAUAGUGGCAUUUCCGAUGGUGGUGGCAUGUCUGAUGGCAGCCUUUCGGAGCGCGAACGGCGACUGAACGCCCUCAAGCGAUUGGUGAAGCAGCUAGAACUGUCGUUAGCUCCUGGCAGUGAUGCGAUGCAGACUAUCACGAAACGGCUAGAGAUGGCGGAACAUGAUCUGCGGUCACUCCAGAGCACGUGCAGGAAAAUAAUCAUGAAUGAAAAGAACCACCAGGAGCAACAGCUACUCCAGCAGCAACAGAAGGACCGUUCGAUGGGCCAGAACUCAGCUGACGGUAAUAACAAUAACAGCGUUUCGAUGAAGAACAAGAACAGGAAAUCGCCUUCACGGAAGAAGCAUCGAAAUGGCUCUCAGGCGCGGGGCCCAGUAAGCAGCUCCGCCGAGGUCACGGAAAACGAGGACGACGAGCAGUUGCAGAUGCAGCAGCACCUCAGCCAAGAGCAGCAGGAACUGCAACGUGAACAGCUUCUGGCGAUGCAGAAAUCCGCCCAGCUAGGCAUUGUGCAGACCACUAAGAUGAAGUUGUCGCAAAAUCGAUGGGUGUGGCGAAUCACCAAGAUCGCCGUUCCUGUGCAGUUGGCCCUGGUGCUUGUUAUGUGUGCAGCCUGCUUCUUCGAGCCGCACUGCUGUGACGCUCUCAACACCUACUCGAUGAGUUUUACGCCGCAGCUGCGCUAUAUGAAGGGUCCUCCUCCGAUUUAGACCGAGAUGGUGCCUAUCGCAUGAUCAAAUGCAUUCGCUCCACCGUAUGUGGUGCGAGUGUGGACGUGCGAGUUUUAAUUAUUUGGAUAGAUUUUUAUAUCCUGGAGAUAUAACAGCUGGUUGAUUAGUUACUAACACUGUACGGCUGAUCGCCAACACCAUCGAUCGAUAGUGUGGUUUAGCCGUACUAAUUUUCGCUAUUUUUUUUCGUUUUCCGUCAAU